GCGCGGUCGGUCGCUCGGGACGUGCAAAAGUGAAAUUCGCGGGUAAUUGCCGGGACGAUUACGAUCGGGAUCGUGCUGGCGCCUCGGGCCACUCUUUCACCGUGUCCAAAGCGAGAAAGAAAGCCAUCGAAUCCCCGGACAUGUCUUCCACCGGACACCACGAGGACAUCGAGUCCUACCCGGAGCCCGAGAGGACGUCGUGGUUCUUCGGAAGGAUUCCGACCUGUCCUGUGAAGAGUCCACAGCCCCUGAAGGAAUUCGUGGGUCGCUGCCAGACGAUGCCAUCGCGAGUGAAAAAGUCCUUUUGCGGUUGCCUCCAGGAUGACGAGCCGCCGGAAAUCACGUAUUGCGUUGUGGAGCACACGGGCACGCUCACGCUUCAAGCGAUGACACCCACCCUGCCGAUGCCCGCCGAGGAGGAACUCAACAAGAUGUUCCUCGAAUUGGUCGACGAGCUGGACCUGACCCAGGCCAACCGGCAGGCGGUUCUGGCACUUCCGGCGAACAAAAAGUGGCAGAUUUACUGCUCCAGAAAAGGCAACGGCACGCUGGAAAACGGCGGACUCAGAACCACCGACCUCAGCGGCGAUCCGGAGGAUUACAUCAACAGACUCCGGACGAUUGCCAGCAGUCCUUUUACGGAGGAGGGCGACGAGGUCUCGAACCAGAUGCGCCAGGUGGAGGCUUUGAAGACUGCCCUGAGGACGCAACCGCACAGUUUUGUCCUCAGGUUCAUAGAACUCGAUGGAUUGAACGCUCUGCUGCAAGUUCUCGGAACCAUGGACGCGGAAGCGGCCAACAGUAACCUCCACACGAGCGUGAUAGGAUGCUUGAAGGCGUUGAUGAACAACUCGAACGGAAGGGCGCACGUUUUGGCGCAUCCGACAGCCAUCAACACGAUAUCCCAGUCGCUGGCGACUGAAAACAUAAAGACGAAGAUCUCCGUUCUGGAGAUCCUGGGAGCGGUGUGUCUGGUUCCCGGCGGCCAUCGAAAGGUUCUGGAGGCCAUGUUGCACUUCCAACAAUAUCAUUCCGAGCGAACGCGCUUCCAGAGCAUCAUAAACGACUUGGACAAGAACUUCGGCAUCUACAAGGACAACCUGUCCCUGAAAACGGCGAUCAUGUCGUUUAUAAACGCGGUGCUGAAUUAUGGGCCGGGUCAAGUCACCCUGGAGUUCAGACUGCACCUGAGAUACGAGCUUCUGAUGCUUGGCAUUCAGCCGAUCAUCGAGAAGCUCCGCAAGUACGAGAACGAGACGCUGGACAGGCAUUUGGAUUUCUUUGAGAUGGUCAGGAACGAGGACGAGAAGGAGCUGGCGAGGAAGUUCGAGAAGGAGCACGUGGACACGAAGAGCGCCACCGCGAUGUUCGAUUUGCUGAGGAGAAAACUGAGCCACACUGCCGCCUAUCCUCAUCUGUUGAGUCUCCUGGAACACUGUCUUCUACUGCCACUCGAUUAUGGCUCCCAUCCGCAGCACUGGCUCCUGUUCGACCGGAUCGUGCAACAGAUCGUCCUGCAAUCCGAAGGGAACGACGCCGGCACCAUAAGGAAUCCCGACGUGGCACCGAUCGAGAUCAACGUGAAGGAAAUCGUUCACUUGCUCGCUAAGGAAGAGGAACUCGUCGCGGCCAGGAAGAAGGCCGAAGAGUUGGAGCGCGAGAACUCCGACAUGUCGACCAGAUUGGCCAAGAAGGAACAAGAGUUGGAUCUGAGGACGCAAGAGAAAGAAGACAUGGAGGCCAGUUUGGCGAGGGUCAAGGAACGCCUCGAGAAGGAGACGUCGAUGCACAUAGAGACCAAGCAGAGAAUCUCCGAGAUGCAGGACAACGUCGAGACCCUGUCGCGACAGAUAAACAACGAGAAGUCGGAGAGAAAGCGGCUGGAACAAUUGGUGGCGUCCGGAAGUUUGCCCGACGACGCGAAAGCGACGAUCAAAAUCGUCGAGGACGAAGUCCUCGAGAAAGUCGAGGCGAAACCGAUGCCACCGCCGCCUCCACCACCUCCUCUCGCACCCCCGCCACCCCCGUGUUUAAUGCCAGCUGCACCCCCUCCUAUGAAGGUAGAGAUCAUCAAGAACGUUCCUCAGCCAGGCAACCCCCUGAAAUCGUUCAACUGGUCGAAGAUCCCCGAGCAGAAGUUGCAAGGCACAAUAUGGUCGGAGCUCGACGACACGAAGCUGUACAACGUGAUGGAUCUAGAGUCCAUCGACAAGAUAUUCUGCGCUUAUCAAAAGAACGGCGUGUCCGCGGAGGGAUCCAUCGAGGACCUGAGGACUCUGGGCAAGAACAAGAGGACCAUGUCGGUUAUCGAUUCCAGGAGAGCCCAGAAUUGUACGAUUCUGUUAUCGAAGCUGAAAUUGUCCGACAAUGAGAUCACAAGAACGAUCCUGUCCAUGGAUCAACAGAAUAUUCUGCACAUAGACAUGGUCGAGCAGUUGUUGAAGUACAUUCCCUCGUCGGAGGAGGCUGCACUUUUAGACAUGCACCAGAAAGAGCUUCAGAGCAGGGCCGACUGCUUCUUGUACCAAAUUUCCAAAGUACCGCACUACGAACAGAGACUGCGAUCUCUUCACUACAAGAAAAAGUUCGCGGCCAGCAUCGCGGAACUGACACCGAGAAUGCGCGCCGUUCUCGAAGCUAGUCGACAAGUUGCCAGAUCGCGGCGUCUCAGGAAGCUCUUGGAAUUGGUCUUAGCUCUAGGGAAUUACGUGAAUCGCGGAAACGCGCGCGGCAACGCCUGCGGCUUCCGGUUGGCCUCUUUGAACCGUCUAGUCGAUACGAAGUCCUCUUGCUCCAAAGGCACCACUCUCUUGCACUAUUUGGUCCAAAUUCUCGAGUCCAGGUUCAGGGAGGUGCUGGACAUCGAGGAGGACAUGCCACACGUCCGGACCGCCGCCAGAGUCAGCAUGGCCGACCUCCAAAAGGAGGUGGCUAACUUGAAGAACGGUUUACAGGACGUUCAGAGAGAAAUAGAAUUCCAUCGUGGCCAGUCUCAGGUACUCCAGGGCGACAUGUUCUUACCCGCGAUGAGGGACUUCCAGGCCCAGGCCACGUGUAGGCUAGCGGAAGCGGAAGAUCUCUUCCAAGACAUGAAAACUAGAUUCGAUCGAGCCGUGAGACUGUUUGGCGAGGAUUCGGCUGGCGUCCAGCCGGACGAAUUCUUUGGGAUCUUCGAGAACUUCCUGCAGGCGCUGGCCGAGGCCAGACAGGACGUGGAGAACAUGAGAAAGAAGAUAGAGGAAGAAGAGCGUAGAGCAAAGCAGGAACAAGAGUUGCGAAAGAGGACGAUGGAGAGGAAGAAUUCUCGCGAAGGAAUAUUGAAUAGCAUAUCAUUGAGCAAGAAGAACGAGGCGAACAGCAACGGGCAGAACGACAACAAGGGCGAAUUCGACGACCUGAUCUCGGCCCUUAGAACCGGGGACGUUUUCGGGGAAGAUAUCGCGAAAUUCAAACGUUCGAAGCGUCGUCCAGUGACGCCGAGCGGCCAGGAGUCACGAAGACACAGCGCACAUAGAGAGGACUCCAGAGAGCGGCAUUGAAAUCUCCGGCGAGAGUCGGAGCUGGAGAUUUCAACGUCGGGCUAAGCGAGGCCUGUUCCAAAUCACGUAUACGGUCGCUUCGACGACUCGGAUAGAAAAGAUGGGUGAUAAACAGGGAGCUUACAACGUCGCGUUCGAAUAAAUCCAGUUCUUCGCGCGUAGAAAGAGCGAGGAGAAAGGUAAAAAGCGUGUAAAUAGAGUUAAAAACGAAGCGGGCGAAUCUACGUUUUGCCGCAAGUUUCUUCAUCGGUCGUGUAGUAUUAAUUAAUUUUCCUCGAAACUGUCUUCCUUCCCUUUCGCGAUCCCAACUGAAUUAGCCAAGAUCUGAAAGCUUACGAUCGAAUCUCGUUUUCUGUGUGUGUGCAAUUCAUUUUCGUCCAUGUUCUUCAUCGCCGUACGACCAUUACUGCGCUCAAAGUCACUAGGAAGAAAACUAAGGUGCACCGACACUCGUCGUCAACAUAUUACUUUAAUUUAGAGGAGGCUCGAAGCGAUCGAGUAAUUAGUAACACGUUAGGGCACGUGGUUUUCGAUGCUUUCAUUCAUGCAAAUCGAACGAAAUUUUUGUUUCAAACACCGUACACGUCAAUUAAAGAUUUAUUGCCACAGAACGGCCAAUUGAACGCGAAUUUGUACAUUGUUGAAGGCGACUGUGUUACACGAGUCAGGCAAGAGUUCCACGCGAUAAUUUCUUGUAUAUAUAGUCAUUACAUAUGUUUUCGUUAACGUUGCCAGCGUGCGGCGGAAGUAAUUUGCAAAACUUCGACGAAAGGAUUUCGCCAACAAUCGGACCAAGGAAAAUUUCCAGGAAAGCAAGUGCGACGCGAAUCUGAUAAACGACAAGUAUGUUGGAAUCGAAAGACUUUGAUUUUUCGUUGAUCGACGGAUUUCCUUAUUGAAACGCGACACGUUUUUUGAGACAGAUCUUUUUCUACACUAUGAACGAAACACUUUAGACAGGCCUAGGUGGUGGAAUUACGUUUCCAGCCCACGAAACCUACAAGUCUGAUUUUUCUAUCUUUAGAAAGCGACGAUUGCGUAAACGCAGCAUCGGUUUAGAAUUAAUUAGAAGCUCGUUGACAUGUUGCUAAGUCAUUGGCGGAAAUUCGUGUUAGUUCUCGGUGUGUAGACGUCGAAUGGAGGCGAAACGAUUCUAGACAGAGUUCGUUGUAUAGUAGUCGAUGUUUUGUAAGCUUUUGUAUUUUUGUAAAUAUUCAGUAUCGAUGUCUCGUUC